CGGAAAAACUUCAGGAAAAUCAGCUGUCAUUAUUUUUGUGUUUGGUCGGUUUUUACCGGAAUUGCAAUUUCAAACCUAAAUCAUGUGAUGCAUUGUUCAAGUUUUGAUUGAGCCAAUUGAGAUGAUAUUACUGGGGAAGGCAAUUGGAAUCAGUGAAACAGGAGAGAGCAUUUUUUGAAGAUGGAGUAUAAGUUGCAACAAUUGUAUGGUGGGGCUAUUGAAUCAGUUAUUCCUGGUGGGUUGCUUGAUGCUUCGAAUUUUCGACAGGUUCCUGAUACCCAAGAGGUAUUUGUUAACAAUAAUAAUUCUCUAUUACAGAAGGAGGAUAAUUUAAUAAUCGAUUUAUUGGAACCAGUUCAAGUCGGUAAGGGCCUUCCAGAUUCUCAUGCAAUUGUAAUUCAUUUUGAAGAGAUAUCAAAGUUGAAUGAAAUCUCAAAUGAGUGGAAGCUUUUGGGUAUUCAAGACACCACUCAAUCCCUAGAUAAGGAUCUUGUAAAUUCAAAUAAGGGGAUCACUUCCUAUUUAACAGCUGGGUUAGAACCGGCUUUGAAAUGGGGGAGAUCGAAUCCAAGAGAAGAUUUUUUACAACCAACUCUAGUUUUAAUACUAGGUUUGAUAAGAUUGAACGAUGUUCUUACUGAUGUUACAGUGAGUUUAAAUAUUCCAUUUAUAAAAGAAGAUGAGUUAAUUUCUUUGAAGGAGUUUUACAGGUGCCUUGAACUAAACAACAAUGAUGGUAAUGAUGCAAAUAAAAGUGGUAUAGAUUUGGUUACUAUUAAAUCCGACAAUUCCCUAAAGGAUUCAAUUGCAUAUAAAAGAAUUGAGCUAGGAAAAGAAGUUGUUUUAAAAUUUAUAGCUAAUUUUAAAAUUCAUGAUACUUCAUUGUUUUGUUAAGUGGUAUUUAAAAAGAAAUUUUGAAAAAUAAAACCCUAGGAAUAAUAUAUACUAUACUAUACUAUACAAUAAAAUAAUUUGAUUGAAGGUUGUUUUUUUUUCUUUUGCAAAGAAUUAAUGCUAAAACCCUACGAUGCGUAUGUAACAAAAAAUUGA